AUGAGGAAGAAGCUCGAUACUCGUUUCCCAGCUGCGCGCAUAAAAAAAAUAAUGCAAGCUGACGAGGAUGUUGGCAAGAUCGCUUUGGCAGUGCCUGUCUUAGUUUCAAAAGCUUUGGAAUUAUUCUUACAAGACCUUUGUGAUCAUACAUAUGAGAUUACACUUCAGAGAGGAGCCAAGACUGUGAACUCGUUGCACCUGAAAAACUGUGUGGAAAGGUACAAUGUGUUUGAUUUUCUGAGGGAAGUUGUGAGUAAGGUGCCUGACUAUGGCCAUGGACACGGUAACGGUCAUGGACAGGGUGAUGUAACCAUGGACGAACGCGGUGUCUCCAAGAGAAGGAAGCCUGCGACUGAAGAAGUUAAUGACAGCGAUGAGGAAGUAAAGAAAACCAAAGUGGUGGAGACGGGGCAAGCAGGACCCAGUGGAAGAGGUAGAGGCAGAGGGCGUGGGAGGGGACGUGGAAGAAGUGCUAAAACAGUGGAAAGAGAGCUUCUUCAUCGCGAGAUGGAUAUAGAGCCAGCCAUGUUGUUAGCACCACUAUCGCAAGACAACGAGAAGAAGGACGUGGAUGACAGGUCUGACCACCCAAAGCAAGAGCUGCAAAGUCCAAAAGAAGGUAAUAAUGAGACAAACUCAGGGUUGUUGGGUCGGGGUUUUGAUCUGAACGCACAGUCGGUCGACAUGGAGAUAAAGCCGCUGGAAGCCACAGCCUCAGGAGGAACGAAACCAGAGGAAUAUCCGGGUUGGUCAAUCUCGGAUAUGAGCAAUAUGGAUCCACUGCAGCUUGCAAGUAUGGGUAAGAGGUUAGACGAGGAUGAGGAAGAUUAUGACGAGGAGGAAGCUUAG